AUGGCGUCAGUGGAGGGACAACAUGAACAGGUGGAGGGUCAACAUGAACGGGUGAAGGGACAACAGGAACAGCUGGAGGGACAACAUGAACAGGUGGAGGGACAACAUGAACAGGUGGAGGGGCAACAGGAACAGCUGGAGGGACAACAUGAACAGGUGAAGAGACAACAUGAACAGGUGGAGGGACAACAGGAACAGCUGGAGGGACAAUAUGAACAGGUGGAGGGACAACAUGAACAGGUGGAGGGACAACAUGAACAGGUGGAGGGACAACAGGAACAGCUGGAGGGACAAUAUGAACAGGUGGAGGGACAACAUGAACAGAUGGAGGGUCAACAUGAACAGGUGGAGGGACAACAGGAACAGCUGAAGGGACAACAUGAACAGAUGAAGGGACAACAUGAACAGAUGAAGGGACAACAUGAACAGAUGAAGGGACAACAGGAACAGCUGAAGGGACAACAUGAACAGAUGAAGGGACAACAUGAACAGGUGGAGGGUCAACAUGAACAGGUGGAGGGACAACAUGAACAGGUGGAGGGACAACAUGAACAGGUGGAGGGUCAACAUGAACAGGUGGAGGGACAACAGGAACAGCUGAAGGGACAACAUGAACAGAUGAAGGGACAACAGGAACAGAUGGAGGGACAACAUGAACAGGUGAAGGGACAACAUGAACAGGUGGAGGGACAAUAUGAACAGAUGGAGGGACAACAUGAACAGGUGAAGGGACAACAUGAACAUGUAAAGGAACAACAUGAACCGGCGGAGGGACAACAUGAACAGGUGGAGGGACAACAUGAACAGGUGGAGGGACAACAUAAACAGGUAAAUGAACAACAUGAACCGACGGAGGGACAACAUGAACAGGUAAAGGGACAACAUAAACAGGUAAAUGAACAACAUGAACCGGCGGAGGGACAACAUGAACUGGUGAAGGGACAACAUGAACAGGAGGAGGGACAACAUGAACAGUUGAGGUACAACAUGAACAGGUGA